AGGAAAGCUGCCUAAAAGACCGGUUUCCGGUAACCGAAACGUUAGAAAUCCAUCAUGGCGGCACUGUUUGUGAUUUUCAUUAUAUUGCCAGCUAUAGUUACAGCCAGUUUCUUCCAGGUAGAUUAUCCAAAUGUAAACAUAUCUUCAGAACCGAAUGGAGAUCUUGUCUUUGAGGCUGGCCAAGGUGGAGAUGUCAUCUUAAAACCAGGCGUUGGAGGAACAGUCUACAUCGCUGGCACAGAUUUGAGGAAAUUCAUUCAGAAAGUAAAGAGUCUGCCCCCUAUCUGGACCAGGCAGUCGGUUCAUGGAUCUUUGGGUACAUUCAACUCCGGGAAAGCUGUAUCGGUAGCAGUGCAGGCAAGGGACCCAGAUGGACAAAGCAUUGUGUACGAACUAGUCGCGGGUCACCUCCCUCCCGGCACUACCUUAAAUAACUCUACUGGUGUGAUAUCCGGCACUGCUCCCGACGUGGACGCCACCUACCACUUUGAAAUUCGCGCCACUGACGUUCACGGGAAAUAUGCUGACGGGUCAUUCAGUAUCAACAUCCGGGAACAAGACCAAUGUAAGAGCAAUCCCUGUGAGAAUGGUGGAACAUGCUCAGACAACCUGAACAAAUUCACCUGUAGCUGUACCAAGGGUUAUGGUGGAGAGAGGUGUCAAACAAGGUGCUCCCAGAACACCUUCGGAGUGGAUCAGAAUGUUAAACACAUCCCCGACGCCCAGUUGUCAGCUCACCUAACCUACACCACUUAUAAAGCACAGAAUGGCCGACUCCACUCAACUACGGGCUGGAUAGGAAAUGGGACCGGGUCCUACUUACAGGUGGACCUCGGAAACGUGUCGACGGUGUACGGUGUGGCCACACAGGGUUACAGAUCCUCCACCUACUACACUCUCACCUACACAGUCACCUACAGUCAAGACGGCAACACGUUCACGACCGCAACUGACGCCGUCGGGAAUAGCAAGACGUUUAGUGGGAGUUCGAGCUACGACACGGUGAUAAAACACGACUUGGUGAAGCCGGUACAGGCCAGAUUUGUCCGCUUCCUGCCAACACUGUGGCAUACCGGAGGACAGCCCGGACUCAGAGUGGAAGUAUAUGGCUGCAACUAAAUGUCCUGGUUUUAUCAAUAAAAUUUAUCUU